GUUGCGUGACUCCCCGACAGUCCAGCUACGGUAGUCCGAUCCCGAACACCCAGAGUGUGGAGAGAAGAUCAGACGAGUUCCGGGUCCUGCUCCCUGGGAAGCACGUGGCCUGCUCGCCUCUUGAGCAGAGAGCUGGGGGUCGGGACUCCGGGGUCUUCGAGGCCAGUGCAGCAGCCGAGGUCUGCCGGGGUCCACCUCCCGCCUCCGGGCAAUUUUGAAAGACUGCCUUACUCCUUCCAUCGCAGUGCCAGGGCAGGGGUCCUCGGAGCGACUGGGCCAGGGUCGGGGUCCCGGCCCUCCUCCCCUCUUUUGCGACCCCCGGUUCCCGGCUGGGCAGACCCUGGCGGGCAGCCUCCCUGAUACCCCUGCGGGCUCGGGCAGCAUGGCCUCAGUCCCAGCUAGCAGCAGUCGCGUCACUCCAGGGUCUGAGGAGGGAAGGGAGGGGAUAAGAGGCGGGGAUGGAGGCCCCCCUGCCCGAGGUUGCCUAGACAACAUCAGAAAUCGUGGCCAGGGCCUCUUCCGCCUGCGGGGCUUCUGCUUCCUGCAUCAGUCACUCCCGCUGGGGGCGGGGCGGAGGAAGGGGUUGGAUGUGGCAGAGCGAGGCCCAGCUGGUGCGGCUCAGACUCCCCCCGCCAUCUCCGCCGCUCGAGCCAUGGCAUCCAACCCAUCUGGCCCCAGCAACCCCAAGGCCAAAUAUCCCUUUAAGAAGCGGGUCAGCUUGCAGGCCUCCUCUGCAGUACCAGAGGCUCGGGGUGGGCUGGGGGCCCCUCCGCUGCAGUCUGCCCGAUCCCUGCCAGGCCCUGCCCCCUGCCUCAAGCACUUCCCACUCGACCUACGCACGUCCAUGGAUGGCAAAUGCAAGGAGAUCGCCGAGGAGCUGUUCAGCCGCUCCCUGGCUGAGAGCGAGCUCCGCAGCGCUCCGUACGAGUUCCCCGAGGAGAGCCCCAUCGAGCAGCUGGAGGAGCGGAGGCAGCGCCUGGAGAGGCAGAUCAGCCAGGAUGUCAAGCUGGAGCCGGACAUCCUGCUUCGGGCCAAGCAAGAUUUCCUGAAGACAGACAGUGCCUCGGACCUCCAGCUCUACAAGGAGCAGGGCGAGGGGCAAGGCGACCGGGGCCUGCGGGAGCGAGACGUGGUGCUAGAGCGGGAAUUUCAGCGGGUCACCAUCACCGGCGAGGAGAAGUGUGGGGUGCCAUUUACAGACCUGCUGGAUGCAGCCAAGAGCGUGGUGCGGGCACUCUUCAUCCGGGAAAAGUACAUGGCCCUGUCGCUGCAGAGUUUCUGCCCCACCACCCGCCGGUACCUGCAGCAGCUGGCUGAGAAGCCUCUGGAGACACGGACCUACGAGCAGGGCCCCGACACCCCCGUGUCCGCUGAUGCCCCGGUGCACCCCCCUGCGCUGGAGCAGCACCCCUAUGAGUACUGUGAGCCAAGCACCAUGCCUGGGGACCUGGGCUUGGGCCUGCGCAUGGUGCAGGGCGUGGUGCAUGUCUACACCCGCAGGGAACCUAAUGAGCAUUGUCCAGAGGUGGAGCUGCCGUACCCUGACCUGCAGGAAUUUGUGGCGGAUGUUAAUGUGCUGAUGGCCCUGAUAAUCAAUGGCCCCAUAAAGUCCUUCUGCUACCGCCGCCUACAGUACCUGAGCUCCAAGUUCCAGAUGCACGUGCUGCUCAACGAGAUGAAGGAGCUGGCCGCCCAGAAGAAGGUGCCACACCGAGAUUUCUACAACAUCCGGAAGGUGGACACACAUAUCCAUGCCUCAUCCUGCAUGAACCAGAAGCAUCUGCUGCGCUUUAUCAAACGCGCGAUGAAGCGACAUCUGGAGGAGAUCGUGCACGUGGAGCAGGGCCGCGAGCAGACGCUGCGGGAGGUCUUUGAGAGCAUGAAUCUCACUGCUUACGACCUGAGUGUGGACACGCUGGACAUGCACGCGGACAGGAACACCUUCCAUCGCUUUGACAAGUUCAAUGCCAAGUACAACCCCAUUGGGGAGUCUGUCCUCCGAGAGAUCUUCAUCAAGACCGACAAUAGGGUUUCUGGAAAGUACUUUGCCCACAUUAUCAAGGAAGUGAUGUCUGACCUGGAGGAGAGCAAAUACCAGAACGCGGAGCUGCGGCUCUCCAUCUAUGGGCGCUCGAGGGACGAGUGGGACAAGCUGGCGUUCUGGGCCGUGAAGCACCGAGUACACUCUCCCAAUGUGCGCUGGCUCGUGCAAGUGCCCCGCCUCUUCGACGUGUACCGUACAAAGGGCCAGCUAGCCAACUUCCAGGAGAUGCUGGAGAACAUCUUCCUGCCACUGUUUGAGGCCACUGUGCACCCUGCCAGCCACCCGGAGCUGCACCUCUUCUUGGAGCACGUGGAUGGCUUUGACAGCGUGGAUGAUGAGUCUAAGCCCGAGAACCACGUCUUCAACCUGGAGAGCCCUCUCCCCGAGGCUUGGGUGGAGGAGGACAACCCACCCUAUGCCUACUACCUGUACUACACCUUUGCCAACAUGGCCAUGCUGAACCACCUGCGCAGGCAGAGGGGCUUCCACACGUUUGUGCUGAGGCCACACUGUGGGGAAGCGGGGCCCAUCCACCACCUGGUGUCGGCCUUCAUGCUGGCCGAGAACAUUUCUCACGGGCUGCUUCUGCGCAAGGCCCCAGUCCUGCAGUACCUGUAUUACCUGGCCCAGAUUGGCAUCGCCAUGUCUCCGCUCAGCAACAACAGCCUGUUCCUCAGCUACCACCGGAACCCGCUCCCCGAGUACCUGUCCCGCGGGCUCAUGGUCUCGCUGUCCACUGAUGAUCCCCUGCAGUUCCACUUCACCAAGGAGCCACUGAUGGAGGAGUACAGCAUCGCCACGCAGGUGUGGAAGCUCAGCUCCUGCGACAUGUGUGAGCUGGCCCGCAACAGCGUGCUCAUGAGCGGCUUCUCCCACAAGGUGAAGAGCCACUGGCUGGGACCCAACUAUACCAAGGAGGGCCCCGAGGGCAAUGAUAUCCGCCGUACAAACGUGCCGGACAUCCGUGUGGGCUACCGCUAUGAGACUCUGUGCCAGGAGCUGGCUCUCAUCACACAGGCUGUCCAGAGUGAGAUGCUGGAGACCAUCCCUGAGGAGAGCGGGGUCAUGACAAGCCCGGGGCCUCAGUGAGCCCGGCCCACCUUGCCCCCGCAGCUCAGCACCUUGACCACGUUUUAUCCUCAGACCCCUCCUGCCCUGUCACGUCUGCAUGUGUCCGUUCUUCUUUGUCCUGUCCUGCAUGUCUCCAACCUGUAUCUGUCCCGGUGCCACCUCCCGGAAAGUGGUGCCCAGAAUCUGCUUUGCUCUUGUCUUGGCUCGGAUGGUACCUGAUGGCCCAGGUUUGCUGGCUGCCCUGCCCAUGGCCCUGUCCCAGGAACCUCUGAAGCCUGGCUGUCCGGUGGGCGUCUAAGUGUCCACGGGGGCUAGGGAUGGUUGAAGGGGGCUGGCCCCUCUAGCCUUUGGGGUCCCAUCUGGGCAGAUGUCGUCUUGUGUGUGCGGCUGAGGAGCAGGCAGGUGGGGCCCGUGUGUAUCUGCCGGGGGUCUGUGGCACUCCAGCACUUCCAGUGAGCACAGUUGGGCGGAGAGCUCAGUCACAGCCCUGGCGGCCUGGACUCGGGCCUCAGCGGCGCUGGACCACUGCCUCCACCACGUCACUGCCUAGCAGCUUCCUCUGUCCUUUCUCUGGUCCACAUGCUCUUCUGGUGUCAGCUUCCUGGGCCUCUGUGGGAGGGGGUAGCUGCCCUGUGUUGUGUCUGGGGCCACUACAGCUGGAGGGUCCUGAAUCUGUCACCAGCCCUGGGGGUGGUAGCCCCACGAUGGUCCCCAGAGUUUUGGCCAGACCUGAAUCCACCUGGUCCCCUGUGUUGUGUUUUGGACUGAGGCCUUUGCUGUGAAAUGCAGUGUUUCAUACAAUCCCAUCUUUCCUAGUGCAUGAGAAAUAAAGAUUAUUUAAGUAAUGAGGC